UUAAUGUACAAUAUGUAUGUGAACAUGUGCACUAAGAAAAAGUCCUUAAAUCUUCCAGCCUUGUGGAGAUCAGCUUAGAAUCAUGGUGUUUUUGAAUCAAUUUAUCCUUUUCCUUGUUUCAAGAAAAUGCCUAUUUGUUGAGUUUCUGCACAGAUUUCAAAAUUUCUUGAAGUGUAUGAACAAAAGGCUUCAGGCUUAGAUAAGUGAUUGAUUAAGCCUUGAUUUUGCAGGUUGUAUCCAGUAUUUGAACAAAGCAAGAUUUGAAAGCAUAUACUCAAUGACUAAGGAAAAAGCAAAAGCAAUUAGCUUGAAGGCCUUGGUGGAUAAAGAGAACAACAGAGUUAUAUUUGCGGAAUCAGAUGAAGACUUUACGGAUGUUCUUUUUAGUUUCUUGACAAUGCCCAUGGGAACAAUCAUCAGGCUUAUUUCUAAUCAUAAUCAGCCACCAACAGUGGAGAUAGGUUGCAUGAACAAUUUGUAUGAAAGCAUUAAGAACCUUGACAUGCAGCGUUUCCGGACUGAAGCAUGCAAGACCAUGUUGCUAUGUCCCAGAAAUGGCGCUGCACCUCAGAACAAGAGACUAAAAUUGCAAAUUGACGAUGGUGAGCCGCCGACGUACUUCUUGUGCCCAUGGACUAAGGAUUUUUCCCUUUCUGGGCACAAGUUACUGAGUCUCUACCCUAAUGCUGUUUGUGAAUGUGGACAGCUCAUGGAUUGGAGGAUCAAGUUGUCAGAGAUGACUGUAAAAAAGUUAGUUUUUGAUGCUCGAGACAGAGGAGUGUUUGUUAAAGGACUGACCCAAUUUAUAAUAAGUGAUGAAUUACAAGUAAAGCCCUCAUCACUAGAAGCAAGCCUUUCUGUAGUGUCCCAGCUAGGACUCAUGGACUGUAGCUCCACUGAGGAGUACAACAUCGACAUAGGAGAAGAUGAGGUUCUCACUUUGCUCAAGUGCUCACUAGUGUCAAAGAAACCUUUGACAGAAACUUUGUUGAAACAAAUUUCAGCACCAAAGUUCGGCAAAGAAGAUUUUGAUCAGAACAUCUAUGUUGAAUCUACAGUAGAAGAACCAGAAUCAAAUGUGGAUGGGAUGAUUCAUGUAAAGCUUGUCAUCAGCAAAUCCAAGAAAAUGGUUUGUUAUGCCGAAGCAAGUGAAGAAUUUGUUGAUUUAGUCACCAGUUUCCUAACUGUUCCACUUGGUUAUAUAAUAAAAGAAAUGCAGAAUAGCAUUUCAAAAGGAUCCUUAACUCACCUGUACAAUAGUGUUCAGGAACUAGAUGCCGAGAAAUACUUGAAAUCUAAUGAGCACAAGGAAAUGCUCAUAAGUCCAAAGCUCGCCCCUGAUUUUAGCUAUGAGAACCAUCUGUUAGGCAUUGAAGAAGGUUUGCACCCAGCAUACUGUUUUUCAGAUUAUAAACAUCAUUAUACACUGACUUCUGAUGGUCAAAUUCCUUCUGAUUGGAGAAGUUCAAUUUUAACUGUCAAGGAUCCUAAGUCUCAUUUUAAAGAAGCCACAAGAGGAGGAUUUGUGACUGGACCAACAAUGUUUACCGUAACUGACAAUCUGAUCAUCACACCCAUUUCUCAAGUCCAAAGUCUGUCUCUUCUGAACAAAUUGAAAGUACCUUUCAGCGAUAUUGAGGAGCGUGUUGUGGAUGUGGGCAGUGGGAAGGCUUUGCGUCUAUUAGUGGCUUCUUUUGUAUCGGAAUCUGCUUUGACCAAUGCCUUUCUGAGAGAGCCAAAUCUAGUAUAUGACAUAGAGGAGGGUGUUGUGCAUGUGGACAGGGAGGAGGCUUUGCAUCUAUUGGUGGCUUCUUUUGUGUCGGAAUCCGCUUUAGCCAAUGUCUUGCAUAAGGAGAGCCAAAGCUAG